AUACGCAGAGAAGUCACACAAUUCAGUUGGGAAGAUUCCAAAGACUCGUGAUUUUAUUCUAGGUUGAGUCUUGGAGAAAGUUGUGACAUAGCAAGUUGAUAUUCGAAUGUUAUUUAUUUCCAACAUUGGUUAUUCUGAGCUUUUCUUUUCAAAUCACACAAUGUAAAGUAGAGACCAUAAACCAAAAUUUGGGUUUAUGUAUGUAUGACUUUGGUAUUGAACAGAUAGGACCAAUGACGCAUCAAACGUUGGUUUCAUGCCAAGGGAUGUGUUCGCUCAGAUUCUCUGCCCAUUGAUGUGAUAACGCUGGCGUCAACAGUUCUUUUAAAUAUUUUGAGGCGGAUCCGUCAGCUGAGGAAGGCAUUUCUUUCGGAAUUUGCGCAGCAUUAGAAUGAGAUUCGAGCUGGGGAGCUAGAGUCGUUCCAAAUGGAAUUACAAAUCAAAUGGAUUUGAUUGAGACCCUAAAAUCGACAUUGUUUGUCAAGAAGCCGCUGCGCCUGACGCCGCAGAGGGAGUUCAUCAAGUCUCUGAUAAGCAUCGGAAAGCAGCUGGCCACACUGCCCACCAAGGAGCAGAAGACCUGGCAGCUCAUCUCAGAGCUGUCACAACUCAACCACAAGCUGCCCGCCCGCGUCUGGCUGCCCACUGCAGCCUUUGACCACCACGUGGUGCGCAUGCCCCACACACAGGCCGUGGUGCUCAACUCCAAAGACAAGGCCCCAUACAUCAUCUACGUGGAGGUGCUGGAGUGCGAGAGGUUCGAGACAUCCGGCAUUCCCCUGCGCAUCCCAGAAACGCGCAUCCGCAGUGCCCGCUCUGCGGACAACCUCCUCCCGGAGUGCAUUGGCAUUACAGCCGAGCAGCGCGCCGUCAGCUUCUCCACUGUGCCCAACUACGACAACGACGACGAGGCCUGGUCCGUGGAUGACAUUGGCGAGCUGGAAGUGGAGCUCCCAGAAGGCCACACCAGUAGCAGUGACAACAUUUCCCAGUUCUCUGUGGACAGCAUCACCAGCACGGAGAGCAAGGAGCCUGUCUUCAUCGCCGCCGGCGACAUCAGGCGACGUCUGUCAGAGAACCUGGCCCACACCCCCACAACGUUCCGGAAAGAUCCAGAGGACCCGUCCGCUGUGGCGCUCAAGGAGCCCUGGAAGGAGAAAGUCAGGCGGAUAAGGGAGGGCUCCCCUUACGGUCACCUGCCAAACUGGCGGCUGCUGUCAGUCAUCGUGAAGUGUGGGGACGACCUGAGGCAAGAGCUAUUGGCCUUCCAGGUGCUCAGCCAGCUACAGUCCAUCUGGGAGCAGGAGCGCGUCCCCCUGUGGAUCAAGCCCUAUAAGAUCCUGGUGAUGUCAUCAGACAGCGGGAUGAUUGAGCCUGUGCUGAACGCUGUGUCUCUGCACCAGGUGAGGAAGCAGAGCCAGCUGUCUCUGCUGGAUUACUUCCUGCAGGAGCAUGGCAGUUACACCAACGAGGCCUUCCUCACCGCCCGACGCAACUUUGUGGAGAGCUGCGCCGGCUACAGUCUCAUCUGCUACCUGCUGCAGGUUAAAGACAGACACAAUGGAAACAUCCUCCUAGACUCGGAGGGCCACAUCAUCCACAUUGACUUUGGCUUCAUCCUGUCCAGCUCUCCCAGGAACCUGGGCUUUGAGACCUCUGCUUUUAAGCUCACCAGCGAAUUUGUGGAUGUGAUGGGAGGCCUGGAUGAAGACAUGUUCAACUACUACAAGGUGCUGAUGCUCCAGGGCCUGAUAGCUGCUCGCAAACACAUGGAGAAAGUGGUCCAAAUAGUGGAGAUCAUGCAGCAAGGCUCUCACCUGCCCUGCUUCCAUGGCUCCAGCACCAUCCGCCACCUGAAGGAGCGUUUCCACAUGAGCCUGACGGAGGAGCAGCUACAGGUGCUGGUGGAGCAGAUGGUGGAUGGCUCCAUGCGCUCCAUCACCACCAAGCUUUACGACGGCUUCCAGUACUUCACCAACGGCAUCAUGUGAACAGUUCCACACCAAACUCUACCACAUGGGACAACCACAUGUGCGAGCAAGCGAACAUGCAUAUGAAGAUGGUGGCAACCUGUGCAUAUGGACUCACGCAUGUGUGCUUGCCAUAGCAGCACAUUUAGGAAAAUGGACUCUUGUAUAGACAAGUGCAACAAGGUCCUGUUUGCGAACUAUGUAUGUUCUUUGUCUUAGACGGACCUCUGUUUUCCUCCCUCCUUGUUUUGGCCUUGUGGAGGGGGGAGUCCGCACCUUCUCUCCCUCUUGUCCUCCUAUCCAUAGGACUUUUAGCGCAUUGACUGUUCUAAAACGAGGCAUAACGCACAUUUCAAAUCACACACGAAAAUGAUUAAGUAUCAAUAUCGGAGGAGGUACUUAAUUGAAAAGGGGGAGGGGCAAAACUGGAGAGGGAGUGGUCUAUAUUCAGAGGAGCCAAGAAGACUUUUAUCAGAAUGGAUAGAAGACGAAUAACUGUGGACCAAUUGUGCAAGAGCGUCACAAAGCAGUCCAUAUUGAAUAUAUUGACUUAUUUUUGUUCUUAGAGAGCAAAAUGGACUUUGAGAAGCCACUGUGUAAUGACAAAGAAAGCACAAGACAUAUCAUUUGCAAAGGUUUUCUAAUGGACAUUUUCUUUGUUCUCUGAAAAUUCCUAUGGUUAUCAAGAAUGAGCCAGCCCGAAGAGAGGGGGGGGGACUAUUAAAAACCAUUGGUGUAAGGAGUGUUAUCUGUCAGGGAAAACAACUCCUUAAUUCAAAAUUUAAACCUUUGAUUAUGUUUAAACUGGAAAGUUGUGAACUAGGACCAACUCAUCUCUUAUUAGGGGUCCAAGCAUAUGCAGCAAAGCUGCUGGUUGUAUGUGUUUUUGUUCCCAUCCUUGAUAACAGGUGGAGUUUCAUUUCAAUCUGGGUUUUGGACAACUGGGGCUCGUUCAGUAGAGCACAUCUGUAACACAUUUAGUGUUAUAGAUAGAAAUACCAUGAAAUAGAAAGUUCUUUAUCUCAGUUCUCCAUGGACUCUUGUCCUUACUGAAUAGGCAUCACGAAAGGGCAGAGUGUUUUACCAUUUAAUAUGCCGACUGUGUUAUACCAACAUGCAUCAUGUAGAACUUUGCUUUGCUUGUUUCACUCUUUAAACCACCAUACUUGAAGGAACGCUAGCAUAGUGAUGAGCCUCAUGCACUUGAGUUAUGUUGAACCAAAAUGGCUACCUGUGGUUAAAUUUAUGCAAACACUCAACAUUGAUGUUCCACUAAUUUCUAACAAUGUGAUUAUUAAUGCAUUAUUGUUGUAUGGUUCGUUAACUUAGGUUGCAUAUUUAAAGAAUGCUCAACACUUUCCUCUCUGGUUGGCUCAGAUGCAUUACUGUGAAUAACUUGGGCCGAUCUAGAGAGAGGGUUGUCCUUGAGCAGAUUAUGUAAAUAAUGGGAGUGAUUUCUCAUUCCUCUCCGUUUGUCUUGGUCUGUUUUUCAUUUCUCCUUUUUGUUUUGAACAGUAUGAGCUCACUAUCACAAGUCAACUUCCUUCAUGUUUUUUCUUAUACUCAACUUUUUUUUUCCCCCUUGCGGUCUCAAACACAUAUGUAUUGAAGAGAGUGGUUUCAAGAGCUACAUGCUUGGAUAGCCUAUAACUUAUAUUACCUGCUCAUGUUUGAAAGCUGAGUCAUUGGUGGGGGGGCUUUUGUGUGUAGCAAAAGUGACAACUUUUCUCUCAUGCAGUCAUUCCUGUGAGAACCGAUGACUUGAUGUCUGAGCGGUGCAACUUUUAUCAUUGCAACAGUUGGGACAAGGGCAUGCAGGUCAUGUACCCAGGAAGUGCUUUUAUCAGAAGUUUAACACUCCCGCCGACUCUUCUCUAAACACUACUACUGCAUUGCUUUUCCCUUCAUUCAUUCCUAACCUUAUUCUAUAAAGUGCAUUUUUAUCUUUGCUGGAGUGGGUGCUGUCCGUCAAACCUUGUGUUGAUGUCUCCCCAUUGAGAAGCAGAAUUUUGACCUUGUCCAGUGUCACACCAGGUACAUGCUUGUCCAUUCAGAUGACACUGAGGCCAAGGCCUAAAUUCAGUGCAGAACGAUGUUCAGACCGCUCCAGAUAAAUCUAUUGUAUAGAAAGUGAUGUCUGCUCUAUAUAAAUGUUUGCCUUCUGAGUUCUGAACAUUUGUGCCCUCCUGAAAGAGGGUUUUAUACAGAAUUGGUCCACACCAAGCAAAACAUUUUUCCCAGUAAUUAACUAUGGUUGAUAUGGAGUGCCUUUGUCCUUGAUACUAAAGACAUUUAAAAUGUACAGGGGAAGCAAUUGUCCACUUUACAUUGUAUCAAAACACUUAAGCUUCCUGAUUGUUUAACUUUUCAUUUGUGGUUGAGACUAAAUGCAUGACUCAUUCAAUAAAUCAAAUUGUUUUUUAACGUG